GUUUUGCUAACAGCUAGCUUGUGUCGGCUAACUUUGUCUCACAGUUGGUUUCUUCUUCUGGUCGCCCUGAACUUUGAGGACGUCGCUCGGCUCUGUGGAUUAUUUGACAUCCAUGUGAGUUACUAACAGUUCCCAACAGACGGAGCCAUGAACGGGAGCACCAACCCGCUGCUGGACAAAGAGGAACACGUCCUGAAGCUCGGGGAGAGCUUUGAGAAGAGGCCAAAGUCUUCAUUUCACACCAUCAGAUAUGACUUCAAACCAGCAUCUAUCGACACGAGCUGCGAGGGAGAGCUGCAAGUCGGGAAAGGAGACGAAGUCACCAUCACGUUACCUCACAUUCCGGGCUCCACGCCUCCCAUGACGGUGUUCAAAGGAAACAAGCGGCCGUACCAGAAGGACUGCGUGCUCAUCAUUAACCACGACACCGGGGAGUUUGUACUGGAGAAGCUGAGCAGCAGCAUCCAGGUCAAGAAAACCAGGGCGGAGGGCAGCAGUAAGAUCCAGGCACGCAUCGAGCAGCAGUCGGUUCGCUCCAGUCAGCCCAGCUCUCAGUUCCGGGCCCCCACCAAGCCGGGGGCCGGGGUCAAGACCUCCCCGUCUCCCUCUAAAGAUAACCCCUCGCCAGAGCCGCAGCUCGAUGACAUCAAGAGAGAGCUGCGAGCGGAGGUGGAGGUGAUCGAGCAGAUGAGCAGCAGCGGCAGCAGCAGCUCCUCUGACUCAGCCAGCGCCUCGGGGAGCGGCGACGACAGCAGCAGCGACGGCGAGCACGACGCCCCCCGACCACUCAGCCAGACCUCCCCGAACCGCCUCCCCAUGGCCAACGGAGGAGUCGACCGGCAGCAGGGCAACAACCAGCUGAUGAACACACUCCGAAACGACCUCCAGCUGAGCGAGUCGGGCAGCGACAGCGAUGACGACUGAACUCUCCGAUGGUCAGUCCCUCCCUCGCUCCCUCCUUCUCUCCACACUCCUCCUCCUCCUUCCUGCCUGGUUCACUUGUUCCUUUGCUGUGCGAGCUGACCCCAGCUGUGUAUCUCGGUUUUAUUUCUGGUUUGAUUUUGGCUGGUCGGCCUGGAAGAGCUUCUCAGAGUGUAUUUUUAUUAGAUGUAUAUUUUGUUUUGUAUAGCGAGACUUUAGAAACAGAAACUUUUACUUGAGCGGUUUGGAAGAUUCUAUAUUAGAGUGCAAAUCAUAUUUUCUGUACUUAGAGCAGCUAGUUUUAUCUACUCGCAUCAGCUGGUUUUGUUGGGUUUGUCUUGAAAUGUGGCACCUCAUCCUCUCAUCACGUCACUGCUCGUUUAUAGAGAAGGUUUCUGGAAGUUUUUCCACGUCGUUAUGGUGUUUUUAUCGGUUUGCUAUGAAUACAGAAAACAGCAGCAUUGCACAGAGAAGCUGCGCAGACUCUGUG